GUGAGAAAAACAAAACAGUCCAGCAGACACCAAGGUCAGUGAAGCAGGAGGGGGAGGAGGUGUUCCACGUGUCGGAGUAGAUUCCCCUGCAGCCUGUGGUGAAGACCAUGGUGAUGCAGGUGGUCCCCCUGCAGCCCAUGGAGGUCCAUGGUGGAGCAGAUAUCCAUCUGCAGCCCGUGGAGGACCCCAUGCCGGAGCAGCAAAUUAAAUUAAUUUCCCCAAGUCAAGUCUGUUUUGCCUGUGACAGUAAUUGGAGAAUAGCACUGUGCUUAAAAUGGACAUAAAUGGAGAGUCAAGAACUACCAUAUCUACCCUCCCUGUACCUCUUGCAGAGGUCAAUUCUGCAGGCAAAACAGAAGCAGAGAAACCACGAUGUUCCAGUACCCCCUGCUCACCAGUGCGACGGACAGUUUCAGGCUAUCAGAUCCUUCAUAUGGAUUCUAACUACCUGGUUGGCUUCACGACUGGAGAGGAGCUGCUAAAAUUAGCCCAAAGGUAUACAGAAAAUGAAGAUGAUAAAGGGGAAUUCAGGCCUAACUUGCACUCUAAACAGCCUGAUUCAGGACUUGCAUGUUCUUCCCGUUUGUACAAAACUAGAAGUAGGUACUAUCAGCCAUAUGAGAUCCCAGCAGUAAAUGGGAGGAGGAGGAGACGGAUGCCCAGCUCAGGGGAUAAAUGCAUUAAGGCUUUACCAUAUGAACCGUACAAGGCGCUUCAUGGUCCCCUGCCUCUUUGCCUUUUAAAAGGUAAAAGGGCUCACUCUAAAUCCCUGGACUACCUCAAUUUAGACAAAAUGAGUAUCGAGGAACCUGCUGACACAGAUAUGCUACAAUACCAGCUCCAACACCUUACCCUUAGAGGGGACUGUAUGUUUGCAAGAAAUAACACAUGAACUGUGAACUAUAAUCUAGAAUUCAGAACCAGUUUCUGGUUAUUUCUGUGUUGCUGCAAAAAUCCACUGUCAUACUGUAUAUAUGACUGUCCACAUUGUAGGUGGUAUCAGCUAAAUGUUAUUAGAAGGUAAUUUAUUUUAAUAGAAUUUUGACAGUGCAUUAUGUUACAAAUACUUAGAGGGAAGAAAUCUUUCCAGAGCAGGUAGCUCCUAAUGCAAAUUUGACUGCAGCUGGUGGAUAUUUCUUUGGACACCUUUUAAUAAGCAAAAGGCUUUUGGUUUUUUGAUUUUGGGGGGGUGUGUGUGCAGUUAUCUAGUAUUUAUGGUAAUUUAAUACUGAAAAAUUGAUGGUCUGCGUGGUUGUUGCUAAUUUUGGCUUGAUGUUAGAAAUUGCUCUUAGGUAAGUACUCAAGUUAUCUUUUUGUUUCUUACUGUAUUCUACAAUAAAAUGUAUGUAUGUUUUUUACAUCAUGGGAAGGAAUGUGAGCUUGGCUAAAUUAGACCACUUGUUAUUUUAAACCAUCCCAUUCAAACAUUUUGAAACUGGGUUUGCACUGGUGGUGAGGGGGAAAUUCAUUAAUAAAGUAAGCCUUUGUUCAUUUGCUACUUUAAACCUAUUAAAUUAUCUUUUAGUUUCUGCAUGGAAGUAAUUGUUUUGCCUCCUCUGUUUUAUAAAACUAGUUUGGAAUAAGUAUUUGGAAUAUUAAAAAAUAUUUUUGAGAAUGAAGGGUUUGGGGUUUUUUUGUUAAUAUGACUUAUUUUUUACGUUGUCUUGAUGUAUAAACAAGGAUUCAGUUCAGAUUCUGGUAAAUACACUAGAAUGUCUGCAUCAGUAUGUCAAUAAAUGUUUUAAUUUUAAUUCAUGAUUUCUAUAUAGUAUAGUAAUGGAAGAUGUCAAAUAAUUGUAGCAUUGCUUUGGAAAUUUAGUUUAUUUGAAGCACUGAGCACUUUUAUGAAGAACUGGAAGGCAGAUUUUUAGAUGGAGUGCAAGUGAAGUAUUUAUAUAUCAGCCCUGAAGAGCUGAUUCUGGAUUAUUCAAGAGUAGAUUGAAUACACUGUCUUAAUUUCUUGCUUAAAAUUUUUUUGUCCAAAUAUGACAUCAAAUGCAGUUUUGACAGCUGUAUUCUUAGAUAUAUUUAAAACAUGUUAGUAACUUAUGUUUAAAAAAAGUUUUUAGAUAUUUUCAGGUGCAAUCUAUUACUGAAGCAGUGUGCAACUUCAUUUUGGUUUUCUUAUUUAGAAGUUAAAAUUAAGAUCAUGUUGUUUUGAAACAUAACUUAUUUGAUCAGUUGUUUCUGGUACCAUUCAGGGUAUUUUUGUUUCUCCUUCAGAAUGAAUAGUAAGCACUAGUCAGUGCAUGUGUUGUGGAAAAUGAAGAGUUCUUUUCGUUCUGCCACUUACUCUACAACUGUAACUGAGGGCAGUGAAGAGGAACCCAGUAGACUAUGUUUUACUGGUUUCGUUAAUGGUUUCUGGCUUAUUAGAAUAUUUACAACUGAUUUGUAUUUUAAAGAGUUAACUCCACCUCUGUAAAUUUAAUGUACUGAACAAUUAUCUCUAAAGGAAACUUUUCCUAUGUAGUCUUUAGUUGAAAAACAGAAUGAGGUCAGAUGUCAAAGAGAUGGGGGUUUUGUCUAAGGAAUAAACACCACUAUUUAUUGAAAUACCCUAUUAAAAUGUAUUUCUGGCUGAAAAAUAAAA